AUGGCAAGCACAUUCAAGAAUGUACUUAUGAUGAUUUUUGCUGGAGAAUUCAUAGCGGGGCUUUUGGGAAAUGGGUUCAUUAUAUUGGUUUACUGUAUUGAUUGGAUCAGGAGCUGGAAAUUCUUCUUGAUUGACUUUAUUCUUACCUGCUUAGCUAUUUCCAGAAUACUUCUUCUCUGUAUAAUAAUGCUAGGCAUAGGUAUAGAUAUAAUUUGUGAGGAAAUAUGCUACAAUGACAAUCAAUGGAUGACUUUUGAAAUCCUCUGGACAGGAUCCAAUUAUUUCUGCAUAACCUGUACCGCCUGUCUCAGUGUCUUCUAUUUGCUUAAGAUAGCCAUUUCCAAUCCCACUUUCUUCUGGAUUAAACAGAGAACUCACAGACUGCUUCUCAUUAUUGUCCUGGGAGCGGUCCUCUCUUUCUGUUUGUCCCUGCUUUUUAAGGAUACAGUAUUUAAGAACCUGAUCAAAACCUGGGUAAACACUGACAGCAAUCAGACAUUGAACUUCACAGUAAGAAAAUAUGAUUUAUUAACUUCUAAUAUAGUCCUGAACAUAAUGUUCAUCAUCCCCUUUGGAGUGUCUCUGGCUUCCUUUGUCCUUUUGAUCCAUUCCUUAUGGAAACACACCAGGCGGAUGAAGGGCACAGGUUCUGGGGAUCUUAUCACCAAGGCCCAUGUGCGAGCCAUGAAGUCUAUGAUUUCAUUCCUACUCUUCUUCUUUAUGUACUGGUUGAGCAAUAUUAUAAUAUAUUUGGCCUAUGUCAUGCUAGACAGUUUGGUGGCAAAAAUGUUUGCUUAUAUGUUUGUAUUUUCCUAUCCAUCUGGCCAUCCAUUCCUUCUGAUUUUACGGAACAGCAAAUUGAAACAGGCUUCUUUCUGUGUCCUGAGGAAGCUGAGGUGGUGCAGGAAUGUAAGGAAAUCUGCACACCCAUAAAGCAUGCCUGAAAUGACUGUGAUUUUCUGAAGAAUGAAGAUUGUGAAUAGAACUCCAUGUA